CUAGAGAGAGGACGGCAGAUGAUAAGCAGCCAUGGUUUUUUUCUAAAAUGAAAUAUAUUUGCAAAUGACGGGCGUGGGCUGAGCUGCAGGCAGGGCCACACGGUACUACAUGUUGGAUUCCCUAGAGGGGAAAAGAAGGAGGCCCAGGAAAAUACAAGGAGCUGCGACGUGGCGAAAGCAGUUUCUGCUUCCCCUUCCGGGCCUUUUCUCCUUACGCUGUUGUUUCCCGGAGCUGCUCUGGCUGUAGCACGAGGUCGGCGCGCCCGGAGCCGGUGCCUUUUAGAUUCUGGAGACAUUCGACGUCUCCGUUCUCCAUUUUCUCGGCCCUUCUCUCAGUUUAUUCGUAAACUGAUGUGAGUGAGAGCUUUUUAGUGCAACCUCUGAGUUAAGAUGCAUGGGCAUGGAGGCUAUGACUCUGAUUUUAGUGAUGAUGAACAUGGCGGAGAAUCUAGUAAGAAGAAAAAAAGGGCAACCGAAGAUGAUUUACUGCUCAAAAAGCCAUUUCAGAAAGAAAAACAUGGAAAGGUGGCUCAUAAACAAGUUGCAGCAGAAUUGCUGGAUAGGGAAGAAGCAAGAAACAGAAGAUUUCAUCUCAUAGCUAUGGAUGCUUAUCAAAGGCAUACAAAGUUUGUAAAUGACUAUAUUUUAUACUAUGGUGGCAAAAGGGAAGACUUCAGGCGUUUAGGGGAAAAUGAUAAGACAGACUUGGAUGUUAUACGAGAAAACCAUAGAUUCCUAUGGAAUGAAGAGGAUGAAAUGGAGAUGACUUGGGAGAAGAGACUUGCAAAGAAAUAUUAUGAUAAACUAUUCAAGGAAUACUGCAUAGGAGAUCUCAGUAGAUACAAAGAAAAUAAGUUUGGAUUUAGGUGGCGAGUAGAAAAAGAAGUAAUUUCAGGAAAAGGUCAAUUUUUUUGUGGAAAUAAACGUUGUGAUGAAAAAGAAGGCUUAAAGAGUUGGGAAGUUAAUUUUGGUUAUAUUGAACAUGGUGAAAAGAGAAAUGCACUUGUUAAAUUAAGGUUAUGCCAAGAAUGUUCCUUUAAAUUAAAUUUUCAUCACAGGAGAAAAGAAAUCAAGUCAAAAAAAAGAAAGGCCAAAACCAAAAAAGAUUGUGACGAAUCAUCACAUAAAAAAUCCAAAUUAUCAUCUGCAAAAGAGGCCUCCAAGAAAAAAGAUAAAGGGCAUUCAACCUCAAAGAAAUCAGAAGAUUCUGUAAACAGAAACUCUGAUGAGGAAGAAAGUGUUUCCGAGUCUGAGCUCUGGAAGGGUCCACUACCAGAAACAGAUGAAAAAUCACAGGAAGAAGAAUUUGAUGAGUAUUUUCAGGAUUUGUUUCUGUGAGAUGGGAGAGAGAAAGCCUGCAUUCCUUAAUGUGUAAAUAUACUUCAAAACUUCAUAAAAUUUUUAUCUGUAGGUUGCAGUUUGAAUGGUUGGUCUUUGGAAAUAAAAAUUCAGCCACUCUCAGGAUGUCUAAUGCUUCCUGAGUUCAUUAGCAGACACACUUCCCAGUCCUUUUUCAGAUGCUCAUCUGUAAUUCUCUUUCAUUCAUAGCUCCUUGAUAUACAUUUAAACAUGAAAUGAUUGGCAUGAAAUUGAAAACUAAGUAAUUUAGUGUCUUACUGUAAAAGGGUUAAUAUCAGAAAUUUUCCUUUUAUUAAACAGUUGUUAUUCAUUAAUUCCACAAAUAUUUAUCAGGCUUUUAUUACAUGUAAGGCACUGUGCUAGGCAUUGCUGUCAAGAAACUGUCUAGGAAAUAAUUAUGCAAUCAUUUCUGAACUUAUUAGAAAAUAGUAAAUUGGUGUUAGGUUUAUUAAUGUUAAAUAUCAUGUGUGAAAGUUUCUUCAUUUCUUGAAGGUAUUGUUUUUUCAUCUCACAACUUUACAUUGAAAUAAAAAGGAAUCUUGAUUUCUAAGAAAAAUA